GUAUGGAGACAGAGAGUGAGAGUGUGACAAAAACGCUGGCGCCUUGAACCGAAGUCUUAUCCGUGUUGGAAGCGAAGAUGUGUUUACAAAAUCCGGAAAGGGUCUCACGACAAAUGAGAAAUGAAUAAGCUGGCAUCCUGAAGAUCUGUAAAGUACAAGUAAUUCGACAUGAGUUAGUUUUGUUUACAAUUGAUCCGACAGAUACAGAGAGUACCCACUGCUAGCUGAUCCCCAGCAGUCCACAACUUUUCGAUUAUAGUGAAGAAAAAAAUAAUUUCUGAAGAUGUGCACUUCGUUCUUGGCGACCUGGACCGGCGUGUUCCUCCUGAGCCUCUGCCUGCCGCUCACCACCGCCUGGCUGCCGUUCUUCGGAGAGGAGAUCCACAAGCAUCUGGACCUCGAGAGCCACCACCGAGAGUGGGACAUCUUGGAGCUCCUCAGCAUCAACGGCUCCCAGACGGGCGUCUCCGCAGCGCGAGGGCCCAUUCCCGACACCCCGGCGUGGAGGCUCCGCGCCGUGUACGACAACAUCCAGAUAGAGCCAGCCAUCGUUCCAAAAAUUGCCUCGACGUUGCACGACGAGAUCAGUUUUUAUUUUGUCUACAAGCAACACAAGAAGACACUGGGAUCUCUCCUUUCUAUAAACUUACCUGGCAGGAUCAAACCUUGGUUGCAGGUGAUCUCCAACUUGAAGACUCAGCGCCUCAAUUUCUUUUACCACAUCAAGGAGGACGCCAAAACUCACCAGGCGUCGUUCGAGCUUCCAGAGAAGGUGGGCUGGACGUGGACCCGGAUCCUGGUGAGCGUGAAGCAGACGCAGGUGCGAAUCUGGAUCAACUGCGCCGACUACGACAAGCAGAAAAUGGCCGGCCACAUCGACUUGGAAAUCCCCGCGGGAGGCCUCAUAUACUUCCGCCAGGAGCCCGGACUCAAAAACAAACUCAUUGGCAGUAUCCAGAUGGCUAAGAUCCUCAACUACAGCGUCAACGACCGCGUGUGGAAGUGCAACUACGACGCUCAGUUUGGUCCAAGUUGGCGUCCUCCUCUCCUCGGUUGAUUGCCUGGGCGUCGCUUUCCUUGCUCUGGCCUGCAGCACGCCGGCUUGCAACGCUCACAUCUCGUUCUGUUUGCAAUGUAACCUCCAUCCUCAAUUUAUGCUCUUCCUUUUUUUUUCUUUCUUUCUUUUUUACUCCUCUUGACUAUUUUAUUUCCAUGUUCUCUUUCGCUCCGCUCACCCGGAGAUAACGUUUGAACAUCUUUUUCGUCUACGUAGCUUUGCAUAGAUGUUGAUUUAUCGUUAUAUCCCAAAUAUAUGCAAACUAACUGUAUUAACACUACUAAAGUUAUGCAGUACAUAUCACUUUUUGAGACAGAGGUUUUCGCCGCAAAAUAGAGCUUAAUCACAAAAGAGUUUUACAGGCUAAGUAGUUUUUCAGAAAAGACAAACAGCAAAACAGAAAUGGCCAAAUCCGUAAAAUCUCACGAAAAAUUACGCGUAUCACAAAAUAAUAAGAUUAAGGUUUCAUAUCAAUUAUCGAAUCGUGAAUAAAAAUCUGGCAUAGUAUGACCUUUCUAUUUCUUGG